AUGCCCCCUCCAGGAAUCCCCCCGCCCUUUCCUCCGAUGGGACUACCCCCCAUGAGUCAGAGACCACCGGCCAUCCCCCCGAUGCCACCUGGCAUCAUGCCCCCAAUGCUGCCACCAAUGGGGGCGCCACCGCCACUCACGCAGAUACCGGGAAUGGUACCGCCCAUGCUGCCAGGGAUGUUAAUGCCAGCAGUGCCUGUCACCGCCGCGACGGCUCCGGGUGCGGACACAGCCAGCUCUGCUGUGGCUGGGACAGGCCCUCCGAGGGCCCUGUGGAGUGAGCAUGUGGCCCCUGAUGGGCGCAUCUACUACUACAAUGCUGACGACAAGCAAUCCGUGUGGGAGAAGCCCAGCGUGCUCAAGUCCAAGGCAGAGUUGCUGCUGUCCCAGUGUCCCUGGAAAGAGUACAAGUCAGACACGGGCAAACCUUACUACUAUAACAACCAGAGUAAGGAGUCUCGCUGGACCCGGCCCAAGGACCUGGAUGACCUGGAGGCUCUAGUCAAACAAGAGGCUGCAGGGAAGCAGCCCCAGCCCCAGAUACUGCAGCCGCAGCCACCUCAGCCCCAGCCUGAACCCCCGCCCGGGCCGCCUGGCCCCACCCCCAUGCCCCUGGGCCUUCUAGAGCCUGAGCCAGGUGGGAGUGAAGAUUGUGAUACGUCCGAGGCUGCCCAGCCUGUGGAGCAGGGGUUUCUGCAGCAGCCGGAGGAGGGCCCCAGCAGCGCUGCUGCACAGCGUCAGCCACCACAGCAGGAGGAAGAGGAAUCAAAGCCAGAACCAGAGAGGUCUGGCCUCAGUUGGAGCAACCGGGAGAAGGCAAAGCAGGCCUUCAAGGAGCUGCUGAGGGACAAGGCUGUCCCCUCCAAUGCCUCGUGGGAACAGGCCAUGAAGAUGGUGGUCACCGACCCCCGUUACAGUGCCUUGCCCAAACUGAGUGAGAAAAAGCAGGCAUUCAAUGCCUACAAGGCGCAGCGGGAGAAGGAGGAGAAGGAAGAGGCCCGGCUAAGGGCCAAGGAGGCCAAGCAGACCUUGCAGCAUUUCCUGGAGCAGCACGAACGCAUGACCUCUACCACCCGCUACCGGCGGGCAGAACAGACCUUUGGGGAGCUGGAGGUGUGGGCUGUGGUCCCUGAGAGGGAUCGAAAAGAGGUUUAUGAUGAUGUUCUCUUCUUCCUGGCCAAGAAGGAGAAGGAACAGGCCAAGCAGCUCCGGCGCCGCAACAUCCAGGCCCUGAAGAGCAUCCUGGAUGGGAUGAGUAGUGUCAACUUCCAAACUACAUGGUCCCAGGCUCAGCAGUACCUCAUGGAUAACCCCAGCUUUGCUCAGGACCACCAGCUGCAGAACAUGGACAAGGAAGAUGCACUGAUCUGCUUCGAGGAGCAUAUCCGAGCUUUGGAGAGGGAGGAGGAGGAGGAGCGGGAGCGGGCCCGCCUGCGGGAGCGGCGUCAGCAACGCAAGAACCGGGAGGCCUUCCAGACCUUCCUGGACGAGCUGCACGAGACAGGGCAGCUGCACUCUAUGUCCACCUGGAUGGAGCUGUACCCAGCGGUCAGCACUGAUGUCCGCUUUGCCAACAUGCUGGGCCAGCCGGGCUCCACCCCUCUGGACUUGUUCAAGUUCUAUGUGGAGGAGUUGAAGGCACGAUUCCAUGAUGAGAAGAAGAUCAUUAAGGACAUCCUUAAGGACCGGGGCUUCUGCGUGGAGGUGAACACAGCCUUUGAGGACUUCGCCCACGUCAUAAGCUUUGACAAGAGGGCGGCUGCGCUGGACGCAGGCAACAUCAAGCUGACCUUCAAUAGUCUGCUGGAGAAAGCAGAGGCGCGGGAGCGAGAGCGGGAGAAGGAGGAGGCGCGAAGGAUGCGGCGCAGGGAAGCUGCCUUCCGAAGCAUGCUGAGGCAGGCCGUGCCUGCCCUGGAGCUGGGCACUGCCUGGGAAGAGGUCCGUGAGCGCUUUGUGUGCGACUCAGCCUUUGAGCAGAUCACCCUGGAGUCGGAGCGGAUCCGGCUCUUCCGGGAGUUCCUGCAGGUACUGGAGACUGAAUGCCAGCACCUCCACACCAAAGGCCGAAAACACGGCAGAAAGGGCAAGAAGCACCAUCGAAAGCGUUCCCACUCGCCCUCAGGCUCUGAGUCGGAAGAAGAGGAGUUGCCCCCGCCGCCUCUCCGACCCCCCAAGCGGAGAAGGCGGAACCCCUCAGAGUCAGGCUCUGAGCCCUCUUCCUCCCUUGAUUCGGUUGAAAGUGGGGGUGCUGCCCUUGGAGGACGGGGCUCCCCAUCUUCUCGCCUUCUCCUUGGAUCAGAUCAUGGCCUUCGGAAAGCCAAGAAACCAAAAAAGAAAACUAAGAAGAGAAGACACAAGUCGAACAGUCCUGAGAGCGAGACAGAUCCUGAGGAGAAAGCCGGCAAGGAGAGUGAUGAGAAAGAACCAGAACAGGACAAGGACAGGGAGCUCCGGCGGGCAGAACUCCCAAACCGCUCCCCAGGUUUUGGAAUCAAGAAGGAGAAGACGGGCUGGGACACGUCGGAAAGUGAGCUGAGCGAGGGUGAGCUGGAAAGACGGCGGCGGACGCUCCUGCAGCAGCUGGAUGACCACCAGUGACCCGACGAGCCGCUCUGCCUCGGGUCUGUGUGAGGCUGUGGAUCCUAGGUCACCCUCACCAUCUGCACUAGACUCCUUUCUCAGUCGGGUCCGUGUCCACUUUUCCUCAAGUAGCCCCGCCCCCAGCACCCCGCGGCUGGCACCUCCCCAGGUUGCUCGUGGUGUUCGAGGGUCCUCCACUCCCCAGGCAACUAGUGCAGUCCUUGCCCUCAGCCCCAGACCAGAGACCAGGAUGCCACGUGGAGCGGGAGGUGCCAGUAGAGAAAAUGUGAGAAGGGGCCUCUAGGGAGAAUGACAGGUUGGGGAUAGGCGGGGUCCUUCCCCUCUAGCACCAGUGCCUGCUCCAGCCUGCCUGGGCCCUCGGGCUCUACCACUCCUUCCUUCAGCCCCAGGACCCAGUGUAUGUGUGUUUUGCUUUGUUUUGUUUUUGUUUUUUAAAUAA